CAAAGAUGGGCAUUUUCAUGUGUUGUUUCGUGCUGUUGGCAGCACUACGUCUAGAUCAAACACUUGGAGCUGAUGAAAUAACAAUAACACUGAACAAGAAUGCAGAAUUAGGACAGUCCUUAGAAAUAUAUUUGCAAAAUGAAAUAACAACAGGAAUGUCUCUGAAUAGGCCAGAUGGAUCACUGGCUGGGAACUGUUUUGCUCCACUUGGGGGCAUAAGUGUAGGAUGCACAACAGGAUUGACACAAGAUUUGGUAAAUGGAAUAACCACCUUUGCUGUCGCAUCAGUCUCAAGAACUACAGAUCAAGGUGAAUGGACAAGCUCACAUGGGACCGACACUGGGAGAAAAAACAUAACAGUUCUAACCAUACCUUCUUUACCUGUAGUUAGUCAAUCGGUGACUGAUAUAACAUUGUCAUCAGGUAGCAGUAACACAAAAACUUUGACCAUUCAAGUAAAUUGUGCAUAUCCAGCUGUGACGCUUGACUUGUCAUUUGUGUCCGUGAAUGGAGGUACUGUAGUGGUUGCCUCAGCUUCAUCAUCAGUAUGUACCAAAACAGGUAAUGCAGGUUGUGCUGACACAGAUGCCAACAGCUACACUUGUGACAUUACUCCACAAUAUGAAACAUCUUUUGAACCUGGCAAAAAAUAUUAUGCAAAGAUUACAGUCAAUUUUGAUGGGCAGUACCAAUCAAUAGGACUGCAUUCUACCAUCAGUGACACAGAAAUACUUGUAGAAGCAUGUUAUAUUGAGAAAGAGCAUAUUCCUUUAGAUAAAAGUGAUGGAUACACACCACCUUCAUUACAAAUUAAUGGUAAGAAGUUUGUAUGUAUUGUGGUCCUUAAGGUUUUUUACUAUUCUGAAUGA